GCUCACAAUAGAAAACAGUCAUAAUUAACAAUCCUUAAAGUUUUAAAGGAGACUGCCUCCAGAUAAACGUCAGAAUAUCAUAAUGAUUAUGUUUAGAAGACAAAGAAAACCAGGACGUGAAAUGUUGGCGCUUGUUUUUGUUGUUUCUUUGCUGACCACUUGGACAACAAUAGUUUCCGGAUUGAAUUUCACUUUGUCAAAGACGCGAGUCAUGGUAGGAACUACAGGAAAGCUGUUCAUGACAUGUCAGGUUACCAAAACAGACGUUGAUGUAUUCUAUAACAUACAGAUACGGCGAGAAACAAAUUCCGGAUGGCAGACAAUAGCACUUAUCGAAGCAGGUGUUACUGAAGUCCCAGCUUUAGAUAGAGACGUUUUCAAUGACAAGGAUUUUGUUGUUGGUGGUAUUCUGGAUAAAGAAAACCCACUGAACACUCAUUUAACUUUAGAAAUGAAUAUUGAAAAGAUAACCUAUGAUGAUGCUAGAAUAUAUGGAUGCGAGUUGGCGUAUGAAAGCAGCAUUUCUGGCAGCUCUCUCUCAAGUUACAGAUGUGCCACGCUUAUGAUUGAGGAAGCGGAGAAUAAAACAGAAGAACGAGCAGGUACGAUUUCUUGUUUUGUUUUGUAG